AUGAAAUUUCAUAGUCGAAGUACCUGGCACUCUUUGUUUACUAGGAAUCAAACCUUCCUCAUUUGUAAGAAAUCUCUUUUGAACUCUUUAAAUGAUGUAGUUGAAGCUGCGGUUGCAUGGGAAGCUGGGAAGCCACUGGUGAUUGAAGAAGUAGAGGUGGCGCCACUGCAGGCCGGUGAAGUUCGUCUCAAGAUACUCUUCACCUCCCUUUGUCACACUGAUGUUUACUUUUGGGAAGCUAAGGGUCAGACUCCAUUGUUUCCUCGUAUUUUUGGUCAUGAAGCUGGAGGGAUCGUGGAGAGCGUAGGUGAAGGUGUGACUCAUCUGAAACCAGGGGAUAAAGCCCUGCCUGUAUUCACAGGGGAGUGUGGUGAAUGUCCACAUUUGGUUCAUGCUGGAUGUGUUGCAAAGAUCAAUCCUGAAGCACCACUUGACAAAGUUUGUAUUCUCAGUUGUGGAAUAUGCACAGGUCUUGGUGCUACUGUGAAUGUUGCAAAACCAAAGCCAGGUUCUUCAGUUGCUAUCUUUGGGCUUGGAGCUGUUGGCCUUGCUGCUGCUGAAGGUGCAAGGAUCUCUGGUGCAUCAAGAAUCAUUGGAGUUGAUUUAGUUUCCAGCCGAUUUGAAUUAGCUAAGAAGUUUGGAGUGAAUGAGUUCGUGAACCCGAAAGUAGAUUAA